AGUUACACACUGCCAAGCCACUACGACAGUUAUUGAAACACGCGUUUGAUCACGAUAUUUCUAAACAGCAACUGAUACAAGGAAAUAAGCCAAGUCCGCUGACGGAAAGGUCCGAUAAACCAACGCACUUUUCCACCUUAUUUCCGCACACAGUGAAAACUACUCCAGACCGUCUUUCACGCACAAUCGCGAUUCAACAAAAGCUGUUGGCAUUUAGCCUGAUCCAUUCAGGCAACGUCAUCAAACAUAACCCCAAUGAUCCAAGUAGAGGCAGCGAAGCAGAACAAAUAGUAUCAGAUUCCAACUUGCAGAAAAAGCUACCCAAAUAUGCUUCCGAUUCCCCCACUGAUAAUCCAAAGCAAUGGAUUGACAAGACGAAUGCUGCAACAAUAACUGAACUGAAAAGAACCUGGGUGGUUAAACGAAAACCAGAUGGAACCAGGUAUAUUGUUCGACGGUCGACUACAAGUCAACCUGCUAUUUGCGGACCGGGUACUUCGUGGCAGUUUAUGAUGUAUGAUGGACUGCAGAGAAAGAAAACCAGUGGCAACUCGACGUCCACAAACGCAGAUAUUCUCACAAAAGAUGCUGAGGAUUCAAGUGGUAAUCUUCAACGAACUCGGUCCCAGUCGGCACAUGUGCCAAUUAUCUUCCGGUGCCAAUGCAAUAAAAUAAUAUACAGCGAUAUCAGUGACACAUGCUCAUCAGCCAACAGAGAAACCGGAGAGUUUACCUGCGACAUCCUACUGGGAACAGGGAAAUUAAACACGGAUGAGACACCUAUUAAUGCCACAUCAGCAACCUGUCAAAAUCGUGUGAAGCACCGCACACAUAGUUCUUCAGGUUGCACCAAAAGAAUAUUUAAAGAACAAAACUGUUUUCCAAAAGAUCAACUGCUUUCAGUUACCACACUGUAAACGAAGUGUGAAAAUAUCUUCCUCAUACGUUUGUAACCUAGGUGACCUCGGUUUUGGUGCCAAAGCCCCGAAACAUUGAAUAAGCUGGAGUAAUCCCUUUUACUCGAUAAAUUUUUAUUUUACACUGAUGUUAGUUAUCAAAGUAUUCAUCUCGGCAGACGUUCGGUAGAUGACCCAGAUAUAUUUUGAUUUCAUCAUAUCCACCUCAAGCAUCCUACGGGACGUGUCAAGCACUUGCUUUUAUCCCGUGAUA